GAAAGCAGGGCCUCUACCUGUAUUUAUUUUCUGAAAAGUGUUGAUAUAGUCAUUUUAAAACAAUUAGAAGUCCUUUAGCCAUGACCGUAAUGGGAAUAAAAGUACCUACUUAGCAUCAUGGUUCCAAUGCUAAAGUGAACACAGAAAAUUGGUGACCGUUACAGGCACAGUCCAAUUCGAUAAUUUGUUGCAACUGUCAAAGUGUCAGCACAUUAUUGCGUCAGCCAAUCAGCAUCGCCGCUCACAUGUCAAACUCCUACAAAGGAUCCGUCUAAUUGUCAUUGAUUGUCGCUCCCCUGGUGUCGAGGUAGGAAGUUAAUGUAAACUCGAGCGCUCGUUUAGUCUGGCCGUAGCCCCGGUGUCGUAUGCUAUUUCAUAACGCGCGCUUGUCCAUAGCGUUCAACAGUUUGUAAGAGGAGGAGCAAACGAAGUUCACUAACGUAAAUAAUCACAAUGUUCAACCCAAAUAUGCCUAUUACGCCAUUCUCUGUAAAGAAUCUACUUGGAAUAGAAUACAUGCCAGCAAGCUAUCCAAGCCACGUUAAUGGUUGUAUACCAACUUCCAUACACACGUUCCCAAAGAGCGAAGACACGGUCACAAGUGGCGUUCACUCGCAUUCUAUACCCGAGCCUAAUUUCGGUAUGUACGGUGUCGACGCAUCUCAGGCGUCCUUCUUAAACGCAAGUCACGAUAGUGAGGCAACAGGAAAAGUUUUGGACCCCGACAGAGAUCAAGGAUCAGUAACCCCAGGUUCAGAUACAAGCCAAGAUUCGCCGAGCAAACCGUCUCAAGUAAGCAAUGUUAGUACGGCUCAACUCUCGCCAAACGAUGUUGCUAAUAAGCCAAAAAGAAUACGACGAAAGCCAAGAGUUUUAUUUUCUCAAGGACAAGUAUACGAACUGGAACGGCGUUUUAAGACACAGAAAUAUCUAUCUGCUCCGGAACGCGAGCAUUUAGCGCAGGUCUUGAAACUCACGCCAAACCAGGUGAAAAUUUGGUUUCAAAAUAAGCGGUAUAAAUGCAAGAAACAGUCAUUAGAGAGCAAAAAUCGAGCUUUGGAUCCGUGGCUGGGUUUCAACGAACCGCGCCGUGUCGCAGUUCCUGUUCUAGUUCGUGAUGGAGAAUCGUGCCUAGCGGCAAGACCAGAUUCUUCGGGUUAUCCAUUCAAUGUCCCCAACAUGGGCAACAUGAACUCUAUGAAUAUGAACAUGAAUUUUCCAUAUGGCUAUAGCUAUCCACCCUCACAAAAUGCCUCGAGUGGUCUUGGUGCAAGAUGGUAAGACAGUAUAUUAGACUGUCAUGCAGUGUUAAAAGUAUAUCUGCCUUGCCGGUCACACCAGCUCAUUCUUCAAAUGAUAUAGAAAAGCUGGUUGAAUCAGCUUUUGUUCCUGCUAAAAUGCAUAAUAGUAGGACACAAGCUUAGUUUUACAUGGAUUAGUUCGAUCAUCAUGGACAGAGAAAGAACAGUAUACUUGUUGUUUGAAGUGCAUUUUCCAGCACAAGAAAGUAAAUACGAGAAUUAAUAAGACUGAAUUUGUACGCUUCAAAUUUGAAUGGGUGGAUACUCAAUUGUAAAUAGAAAGAAUUCGAUUUCAAAAUUUGUAAAUAGGAUUAUUCAAGAUGCCAAUGGGAGGCGUUGUAGGCAAUGCUAUUUGAGAGGUGCAUUCUCAACCCGGAUCUGUUUAGACCAUUAAGAAACUACUAAGCUUGUGUUUUGAAAAUAUAGAUUUCAGUUCCAUAUAGUUUUAUUUAACGCGCGUGUCUACAUAUAUUCCAAAAAGUGAAUGUUUUAUAGUUUGUUGCACGCGACGUAAUAAUUUAUUACCAGAAAAGAAAAGAAAUAUAUAUGCAUAUAUAUAUUUAUACUUAAUCUGAA